CACAACACAUUCAUUCACAUAAGGGAGAGAGCUGCUUGAGUCAGAGUGAUCCGCUGUGUUUGCCAGAGGAGCUUCUUGUCUUUUAGUUCCUAUCUCAAGCUUUCAAGAAACUUUUUUUUUUACUAACAAGAGAACACAAUGAGCUUCUUCAUCUCCAUUUUUUGUUUGGUUCUCUCUUUUUACCAGAUGGGGAGGAAUCCUGCCAGUGCCGGGAUGUGCUGGCUGCAGCAGAGCCAGGACCAGAGGUGUGACAUGGUGCUGAUGAGAGGAGUGACCAGAGAGGAGUGCUGUGCUGGGGGCCGCCUGGACACAGCCUGGUCCAACACCAGCAUGCCCAUGAAUGAGGUCAGCCUGUUGGGCUUCCUGGGGAUCGUCUCCUGUAAGCCAUGCCAAGAAACAUGUGAGGGAGUCAGAUGCAGCCCUGGGAAGGUUUGCAAAAUGAAGACGGGAAGGCCUCAGUGUGUGUGCAAUCCAAACUGCUCCCACAUUAUCCCGAAGCAUGCUGUGUGCGGCAGCGAUGGAAAGUCAUACAAGGAUGAGUGUACUCUUCUCAUGGCCCGCUGCAUGGGACACCCAGACCUGGAGGUCAUGUACCAAGGAGACUGCAAGAAGUCUUGCUCCAAUGUGGUGUGUCCAGGUACCCAUACCUGUGUGACUGACCAGACAAACAGUGCUCACUGUGUCAUGUGCCGCACAACUCCUUGCCCAAUACCCAUAGCGCCUGAGCAGCCAAUCUGUGGUAAUGACAACAUCACUUACCCAAGCGCCUGCCACCUCCGCCGGGCCACCUGCUUCCUCGGUCGCUCCAUAGGAGUCCGCCACUAUGGCCACUGCAACAAUCCUCCUAGGAAACCCCAUGUUUUCCAUGGCAGCGAGGAAAAUGCAGUCUGAGCGAACAGCUCCUGAAAAGUACCGUUCUCAAGACACGAGUCGGUCGACAAAACAUUUCCCAUGAUGACCUCUUAUUUUUUGACAAUCACUUACCCUUCUCUUUGUACACAGAAUGACAAUACAAUUAAAAUGAGAGUCCUCUCUCGGAAGACAUACAUUAGUGUGACUGCCUCAAGAGCUUCAAAAACCAGCAAGAAAUGUCUGUUCAUCGUGUGUUAGUUUGGAAAGUACAGGCAGAUGAACACGUGUCUGGGGACAGACACGUCAUGUGAGCUCUUUGGGAGAUGUGUGCAUAUUGUAAAUAGAAUACCACUACUAUUUAUUGGAGAAGGUAUCAAACUCUAUUUAUGUUUUUAUCCUAGUAACAAUUCCAUGUAUCCUUGGGAAAGCUGACAGAAAAAAAAAGUAUUUAUUGUGUUUUGUUUUUUGUGUAUGUACAAUAGAGGCCACUGGCAUUGGUGUAUUACAACUUCUUUUUUGCUGUUGUUACAGUCUCAACUUCGCACAGACAAACAGUUUUCCUUCCUAAGCUGAUGGAAAGCAACACCAAUUUGUUUAGAAAUCGGUACCACUUCAUAGUCAGCCAGUGUGGUUUCAGUGAACCACAAACAAUAACAGGACAGAUGUACUGUAUGUACACUAGCUUUUAUCUGGAGGUGAGUAACGGAUUCAGCCUAAACAAACCUUUGUAGUCUAAACAUGUUUACUCUGGAUCCUGUACUAAACUCUCAGCAACCUGCUGACCACUCUAAAUAAAGGUUUGGUUGUGUUUGUUGGAGUGUUGGUACGACCCCCAAGAGCUCAACAAUACCUCCUCUGUUAAGUGCCUGGCUUUUUCUUAAAAAAAGCAUUUUGUAGUUCAUUUUAAGAAAUUCCAUUACUGUUUUCCUGCUUUGAUUUGAUUGGAAAUCUGUCAUUUCUUGAUGGAAAAAUGUUGAUUGAAAGAAAAAUGUUAGUCUGAGAAUCUGCAACAGUUAAGGCCAGUUGAACGUACCAGAUCGUACCGCCAUCAGAGAUCAGUAGAGCCGUUCAUUGACUCUGGUAAACAUAGGAGGUAUGAUACAAAAAGCCAUUUCAAAUGUUACAGUGAUCCGAUGAAAUCUUUCAACUCAAAGCAGAUGAAAAUUCCUCCUCCUGUAAAUAACAGUCUUAUGUGUACCUACCUGUGUAACUACUGUGAAAUUUGAAUGCAUCAACAUAUUUUUUGUAUUUUUGUACUGCCAUUUCAAAACAACAUAAAGUUAACAUUUGUCACAAC